CAAUCGGCAGGGUUCGUGGGGUCUCCUUCACUGAAAGAUCGGUCUCCAGGGCAGGGAUGAGAGGGAAAGUACCCCGACGCGGACCACUCUGACUACCCUGCCCUCGCUGACUACCCUGGCCCUCUAUGCCCGAUCAUCGGUCGAGAGUUCGUCAUGCUGCACGAGUUUGUGGAUGAAAGUCAAAUAAUGGAAAUUGUUCCGCGAACGAGGCCAAGAUAGAGGGACCUAGGAACUACUUAUACCUUACUCCCUAACUUCUCCAGAUUACUUUAUGACCCCUCCUUCCCCCAUUCUUCAUCGACCUCCUCUACCUCGACCUCGACCUUGAACUGCAGACAAGCUAAGCGCAAGAGCCAGCUCCGAAUACCUCAAAGCUAUAGCUUCACAACUCAACCCUCUCCACGAACAACCCCUCAAUCAAUCCCAAGGUUGACCGAACACCACCACCACCACCACCAACAUGGCUCCCGCCACUGCCUGCUCUGCUUCCAUGUCCUCAAGCUCAACCACCAACUCCAAAUGCAGUGCUGACAACAUCACCAAAAAGAAGUUUGGAUGCACCUUCCCAAAUUGUGGAAAGUCAUUUUCGAGAUCGGAACAUCUACAUCGUCACGCGUUGAACCACAAGGAUGGGAACAACACAUGUUUGAGAUGCAGUGCCCACUUCCGCCGUCGGGAUCUCCUUGGUACGUGAAUUGGGCGCCUAUGUUUUUUUUUCUUUGUCAAAAGCUGUGAAAAUUGCUUUAAUGAGUAUGGUCUAAUUCUCCAAAACAGACAGACACAUGGCUCGCCACAAGGAAAAGGACGACGAGGCAGGAGGAGAAGGAUUGGGCGUUCUAGCAACUCGCAAGAGACUAUGGAGAGAUGACACAGGCAAGAUCGUCAAUUCUCGCAGACCAUCGUACACACAAGAAGGUACCAAACGAAGACAAACCACACGCCCAGAGCGCAAACUCUCCAAAGCAAGCUCCACAACUUCCUCAUACGACGAACCACCCACGCCUAUGACAAGAACUUCCUCAAUGAGCUCUCCCGCCAUCCUCCAACACCCACAUCACAACAUUCCAAGUUUCAGCCGUCGUGAGGAUGAUCCCAAACCUGAAUUGACAGAACCAGACUGGCUCUCAAUUUCCACUACUGCCCCUCUGGAAACUCCACAAUUGGAAGAAGCUUCACCUACCGAACUCUCCUCCUUUGACGCCUUGUACGAAGACACAACUUGGUCCUCCCUCUCUAAUGAGCCAAUCCUCUCAACAUCUCCUCACUCCUCAACGUCUCUCUCUAGUCUCUCCUCUUCCGCAUCCUCGCCUAUGCUUUCCCCCGCCACCUCCCACCGCCCCCACGAAUAUCCAACACCAACCUGGACACCCCUUCCUCAAGGCCACCACUCAUCACACGCUCCAGCACCAUUCCAAACCUUCAUGGGCGCCAUGGCCGAAUUACCAUAUGAUGAUAUCUUCAAGCCCGAGGCCUCGCUCUACGAUUGGCAAGCUUGGAAUAGUCAGGUCUUGAUGUCGAAGGUUCGUGAGGAGAAAUACGACCCCCUGUUCUCGAGCACUGCUACGGCAACUGCACCGGCGCUCUCUUCGAGUGGGGAGGAGAAGAAGCCUUCGAAUGGGGGUUGGCUUGGUGCUGAUGCUUUUCGACGACCUUUUGCGGGAUUGAGUGGAAUUUGUUAAUAGGGCGAUACGAAAAAUACGUUGAAUCUUUCUUUUGUUUUCUUGCGUGGAAAUUGGGAGGAGCUCUUGCACAUUAUGGAUGGAUGGGAUACGGGCCAUGAAUAAAUGAACGGAGGGGCUGGACUCGACGGAUAUGAAUGACUUGACAAAGGGGCUUGGGAUUUCUUGUUAUUUCAUUUGUCAAUUUCUUUUCGUUUCGCAUCUUUCUUUCUCUGUGGAUACACAUAUUCCGGAGUUGAUUUGCACCUCUUUUCCCCCCACAGAUAUGGGAUGGACAUAGCACAGAAAUGGGAUGUGGUAUUUGGGUGGGGACAAAUGUUCAUACACGAAUUGCAUUACCGAGGCGUUUACUACGGAUGGCGUGAUGGGAUGGAUGGAUUUUGGGAGAGGCCGUAUUUAGGGUUUGAUGAUGACGAUGAUGAUGAUGGGAGGAAUAUGAAGAGAGGAAAGAAAGAAAGAGAGGAACUCAGGAAUGGGAGGGAAUGCCACCUUUUUAUGAAAUCAUACUAGAGAUGAAGAAUGAAUAAAAAUGAACAAAAAAUGAAAAUGAACAUAUUAUAUAA